UGUCUCAGCACCAUUUUGGUCUGGCCGGCAUUUGCACAGAGCUUCAUCUGCCAACUGGUACAGCCCAAAGCAAAGGGGAGCGGAUGUCUCCCCUGACCAGAGGGGCCUUUCACAUUCCCCCCCGCUCAGAGGCCCUCCCCCAGGGGUGAAACAGGGCUGCUCUGCUUUAUCUCAAGACAGCUCCAAUUUUGAGCCCACCUUGAACUCGAAAGAGAGGAACAUUUAUGCUGACUGAUCAGAAAACAAUGUGGGCUGGCUUCCAUCUCCAGGGUGCUCGCUGGGGAGUUUGCAAUCUGGAGGAAAGUCAUCAUUUUCAGGUCUGAAUACCACACAGACAUUGGACAACUCUAGGAAACGAACAUUGACCUUCAGUUGGAUUGUUCACCAGCUUAAGACAUUAAUUCAGUGAAACAAAAAUUUGAAUAAAUAUUUCAAGGCUCCGGGCUGGGAAAGAGUCUGCCUUGCUCAAUUAGAAAGUUGGAGACACCUGGUGCAUUUGGGGGUGACACAUUUUUAUAACUUGCAAAUUGGAAAAGGGGGGGCGGGGAAAGAAGGAGGGUGAACACCCUCGGCCUUCUUCUGAACGCUGUACACAACGCCAACAGUUCAGCCAUAGAAGAGUCAAGUCCGAGGGGUCGGCCUCAUCCAUCCCACCCCCCUCCCUUCCCUGCCCUCGAGUUCACAAGGAGAAAACAGGACCAACUGCUUUAGAGGUCCCAAAGAGGGUCAAGGAUUUGUUUUCCAUAAGCUAAACUACAGGGGCCUCUCCUCCCCAACGCUGGCAGCUGAGGCUAAGUACUUGAGAUCCCUGGGCCAGCUGUUGUGAAGUAAACGCCAGGCAGUAGCUGCCUUCACCAGUGAGCACAAAGCCACAUUUCAAAGGAGACUGACAAAUUAUCCCAGCUGCCAGAAGGAGCUUGGGAAGAUAGAAGCCCAAGAUCAAGGUGUUAGCAGGACCUGGCUCUGCUUCUGGUAUUUUCUGCCAAUCUUUGACAUUCUUUGACUUAAAUCCACACCAGCAAACUUCCUGGGGUGUUGCCUGAUCAGCUACAGGGAUGAAAGUUUUCAAGUGCAACAUAGAGAUGAUCACCCUCACCUCUGUGUUUUUAGUCUGUUCUGGACAAAAUUCAAUGACUGUGCUUUGCUCUAUAGAUUGGUUGAUGGUCUCAGUACACCCUUUCCUAUUGAACAGUGAUGUGUAUGUGCACUUCCAUGAGUUACACUUGGGCCAUGGUUGUCCUCCCAACCAUGUUCAGCCAUAUGCCUACCAGUUCACCUACCGUGUGUCUGAAUGUGGCAUCAAGGCCAAGGUCAUCUCUUAUGAUGUGGUUCUCUACAGCACUGAUUUGCACUAUAUUUCUAAGGGCACCUCAUCCAAACAAGUGAUCCCAGUGUCAUGUGCUACCCACCAAAAGUCCCCAUGGCUCACUAAGCCCCGCCCCACAAAAUUAGCCAGUGGAGAAGGGACCAAAGAUGAGAAUGGUGACACAUGCCACAAUGUGUUUGAGUUGUGCCAGCCCAGCCGAAGGUCCAACUGCAAUUGUCCACCUUGUGUCUUAAAUGAGGAAGGGCAGGCCCAAGCAGGGGCUCACGGAAGGGAAUCUGAGCAGUUUUCUUCCAUUGUUGCUUUUUCUGAGGAUUGGUGCCUUAACUCGGAUGAUCUGAUUGAUUCCAUGUGACCCCCAGGUUUGGGUCUUCUGAAGAUGCUGUUUCUAAAGUUAGUACAUAACAUUUACUGCUUUGAGUUCAUAAAUUGUUUUUGCUGUUCUCUUAUGAGUGCUCCUGAGAAAGAGCAGCCUAUGGAAAUUUCAUAAAUAAAGCCUGUUAUAUUUUUAUACCUUUUUGUAAGAAAAAAUAAAAUUCU